GAUGACAGAACUUCCUGUUUACCGUUGAUCCUUCUCAGAAUCUCACAUUUGCAGAAGGUUGGAGGUCUCCAAGUCUUGGAGUUCUGGAGCUUUUUCAAUGUUCUCAGCAUAAAGAUGUAGAAAUAUUUUCCUUUUACUAAUUACUUAAUCAACGUAUUGUUACUUAAUUAAGUUGAGAUCAUGGGGUCUUUUGUAAGUUUCCCUAUUUGUCGCUAAUUAUUGAUUGACCCAGACGUCCAUCACAGCGCUCCACCUUGGAGGACAUCCCAAUUCUUAAAAUGGAUCCAGAAGAACAAGGAGACACACUGCUGGAAUAACCGCUGUCCACGGCGGGACCCUAGAGAGGAAACAGUUCCUUAUUGUAUUUAUAUUAAUUAGGUAUUUAAGAUGAUCAGCUGUCCCUCAUAGUUUGUGUGGCAUUUUAAAAGAAUUUUUAUUUGACCUUUUAACAUUUAUAUUAGUUAUAUUUUAGGCCAAUUUUAGUCCUGACACAAUGUUUACAACUUCAAAAGAGCUUCUGUCCUCUCACCUCUUCCUCAUCUCUUCACAUCCAAUCUUCUGUGGGCAAGGAGGCAAGGAAAGGAAUCAAGGAAGCACAAAAUCCGGAAAUGAGAAAGUCCUGAUGUGUUGUCCAUCCUGUCACAAUUUAUUAAACAAACAAGUUUAUUUAAAGAAUGCAUUUACUAAACUGAACAAACAUCGAGAGUCUGUAAUCAGUGCGUUACCCCCAGGUACUUGGAUUUUUUUUAAUAAUGUCUGGAUUUAGAUGUUCAUCUGCUAAUUAAUCUGCUUCAUUUUCUUUGUUCUGUUGUUCUUAUUGUCUUAUAUCUGCAUGAGUGUGAAGAAAAUAAUUGAAUAAUCAAAUACUAAAGUGAUUCAACAGACAUCCGAUAGAAUUAAUGCUGGGCUUCCACAACUUUCUAGUUUAUAUUGUUGUUUUGAGUGAGGAAAAUAUAUUGUUUUAAUUCUCUAGAUGACUAUUUGUUGUAAAAACUGAAAACCACUUCAAUUUGUACUGAAUCACACUCAACAUUUCCUUUAAAAAAAUAAAGAAUAAUUUGAAUCAGGAGUUCAAUCAGGAGAGACUCAUUUAAAAGUCAUACAAUAAUUUGUUACACAAGCAUAAAAUAUGAAUUAUGCAAGGUCUUUGGCGAUUGGACUCCAUCAUGACAUACUAUCCCCGAAGGCAGGGAUAGUGAGGUCCAAUAAUCCCAAUCCCCCUGGAGUCCAGACACUGGUGGAGGUGGUGUAAGGAAUAGCAGCAACCUGAUGACGAACCAGGAACAAUGCUGAUGCCAACUGGAGGUGACUGGGGUGGAGGAGGGUCGCUUCAGCUACACGCUGAAAUAACAGCUGACAGCCAACAGAGAGGAGAACACUUUUAAAGAUUGACAGCAACAACGUGAUUGGCUCAAGGAAACCGUGUGUAGAAUCUGAUUGGUUCCUCAAAUGUGCCCGCCCCCAAUCAGCUGAUAGAGUAAUUACAAAGGAGGCGAACAGAGUCCGACUGGUUGUCUCCCUGACUGAACUUGCGCUUAAGCUACAUUUAAACACAAUGCAGUUUGUAAAUGAAUCCAAACGAGGUCUGCAAACUACAAGUAAUCAGCCUGUCUCCUAAAAUCCUGUCAAGGGUUCAGUGUGAAUCAUUGCAGGUAAGUUUUUGUUUUUUGCAGUCUCUAGUUUUUGGUUUAGCGAAUGUCUUUAAACUUUCAUAGAGCUUGAAGUUAUUUUCUUGAUUUAGUUCUUGUCACAGGCCGGCUCAUAGCCUGUGGCAAGAAUGAGUGGACACAAACACCAAGUAUAGGCCAAUCAAAAGAAGAGUUUAUUAUAUAUUUUAAAAACUAUUAUCUUUAAACAAAGAAAAGGAAUGAGGUGUGCGAAUGUCAUAGUGUAAGGUGUAUGUAAAGUGCAUGGUUGAGUGAAUCUGUAGGUGUAAACAUGACUGAGUGUGAACAACGUAAAACCUUCAAAGGAACAAACAAAACAGUAUCAUACCUGGAGGAGCAGAGAGAGAGAGACGUGGUUAGAGGCCUUAUACCCAGAGCCCAGAUGGCUCCAAUCACUAAAGACCCUACUCGCCUGCAGGAGGAACCGCCCCUGCAAGGCAGAGGAGGAGCCGUGACAUUAUAGUCUGUUGGUGCUCGGUUUAUGAAAACACCCAACAGGAACACACCUGGUGAGUCAAAAAAAACAUGAAGAUGCACAGCACCACCUAACAUAUUAAUACCUAGUAGUUCAGCAGCUGACUGACCCUUGAGAACUAGAACAGGAAGGGUAGCCAGUCCUUUCACAGCAGUGUCUAUGGCCUGUUAAGCUGAAUCUAGUCACCUGCCGUCUCAGCCGAGAAUGGGUUGGGGUCAUAAAAGUCGGAUAGGGGCAUGAAGGACGUCACACUGUCGCGAAAAGGUUGUUUGAGAACAUCAAAAAACUGUCUCAGGGCCUAACUGUAGGUUUACCGAAGGCUUUGGUACGUAGUGCGACUUUCACAUCAUCACUCGCCCUUCCUUGCAGCUUGUUCAAUAUUUGCUUGGUCAUAACUAAACGUCUCUACUAACCUGACACACUUUAACAGUGCUGUUCCCCCCUGAAGGGGUGUGGCUCAUAUGUCUGGGUCAAAGUCCUAUUCCGUUCUGCUUGAGGAAGGAGAAGGCUUUUUUCAGAAGAACAACACAGGUAAGAGUGUUUUUUUUACAGUCUCUAGAUCUCGGUUCAGCAAAUGCUUAUCUCCAAAUCAAAUAUGCCUAAUAAUAUUUAUUUCUUACAGAUGUUUUUUUUUUCCUGAUAGAUGUUUGUGAUCUUUCUGUGACCCGAAUCAUUUCCUGUUGGUCUUGUGUUCUGUUUUAGUUCUAAAGAAUGUCUUUUUACAUUUACGUUCAAUCUAUGAUGUUUGUGUUAUUAUUUUAUUUGUUUAUAUUUGAUCUUCAUGAGACUUCAAUGGAACAAUUCUGACACGUCUUAUUAGUGGUUGAAGAGGAAUGAGGUGGUUGAAUUGGUUGAGUUUGAAAAAUGUUACUUAAAAAAAAUAUGAAUUAGCAGCCUAAGAUUGUAUUGUUAGUAUCAAAAUAAACUUAUCAGAUGUGGAGUAAAAGUAGAAAAAAUUAUUCAAGCACAAUUAUGAAGCACUUGAGUAAAGCUACAUUCCCCCACUGUUUAUUACAGAGGAAGUGAAUGUAAAAUAUGAUAUUGAUCACCAGCGAUAGAUUUACAUUCAUGUAAUUCUAUUUCAGGGACCAGAGCAGGAGAAACAACCAGAGAGUUCAGAGACAAUUUCAACACUUUGGUCUCUGAAGAGACCUCAAAACCAGCGAAGCGACCUGCGGACUUCCUGUCUCCUUCCAGAGCGCCACCAGGAUGGCGUCCCCCGAGGACCGCCGGGGACCAGAGAGAGACGACUCGUGCUUCGGCAGGGCGGCCAGGGCCAUCCGGAGAGUCCUGUCCAGGAUCUGCAGACAAUGUUGCGCAACCCCUGCCCCCUCCCUUACACCCUCCUCUACCCGUGCCCCCUCACCUGCCCCCUCCCUUACACCCUCCUCUACCCCUUCCCAGGCGGACUCAGAGGAGUCUUGUGACAAAUCCACCAACAGGUGUGGUCCUUGUGUCGCUCCCCAUAAGCGGCCUUAUACUCAAAAGGACUAUACAGAUUAUUCACCUUCCCAUUCUCCCUCAAUACAGUGUCAGACAAAUCAUAAGAGACCCUCUAGAGGAGAGAAAAGGUUGAAAACUGAUUCCUCUACGUCUUCUUCUGGACCCUUACACCAUUGGCAUCCACCUCCAGCAAUGACGACAUACGCCCCAGGAUCCGGUCAGGAGACACACCUUCCAAACAGAUCAGAACGAGACGUUGACCCCGGCUGCUCUCAGUCCCUCAUCCCAAAGGUCAGAGGCUUUCCGCUUGCACACCGCCGCCACAGGGAUGCGUUUGAGUCUUCCCCCAAGGAGCACGAGAGGGAGCCGGGAGGAGACACCGACGUCCUGAUGGAAGCAGACGUUCCUGUUGCAGCCGCAAGCCACUCUGUCACCAACGCCCCACCGGAACCGGGUCAGGAGGAGUUCACGCCUGAUAUCACGGCCGAUGAGGUGGACGAGACCUUCAGGUUGCGGUGCUCUGGUUCGGGCCUGUACCUGUGCAGCGUGACCGGCCUGGUGUUCCACAUGGGGGGCGACGGGGGGGAGGUGGUUUACAGGAUCGUCCCCUGGGACCAGAGGCUUCUGGCCCGGCAUCACAAGAAGGCAGCGGGACCCUUGUUCGACAUCAGAUGUGAGCAGAGGUCCGUGCUCGGCCUUCAGCUCCCACACUGUGAGAUCCUGAGUGGCGGGGGGGGCGACUUCCUGUCCGUGGCUCACCUGGAAGACGAUGCCGUGGAGUUCCUCCGCCCGAAGGAGGUGACGGAGACUCACGUCCUGGUGGACGUCUCGGGGCUUUCUGCUUUCGGCAACGUCAAGGACGAGGACUCUCCCCCCCAGCCGGUCAGAGCGCUGGUUCUGAUCUUCUACCGGGCCCCAGACGACCAGAACGACCCCGAGUCCCUCCUCAACGUGUUGAUGCUGCCGAGGAACGUGGUAAUCCGGGAGGUGCAGCGCAUCAGGAAGAAGCUGGUCGGGCCUGAGCGCUACAUAGAGACGCCCUCGCAGUGCAAACUGCACCCGGACCGGGACUACGUCCUCUCCACGCGUCCCCAGGACGACCGGGUCACAGUUCAGCCCACCAAGGCCGAAUUUUACUGCGACAACUACGACAACUACGUCCCGUCCUUCCAGGUGAUCCUGGAGACGAGGCUGAACCACAUCACGCUGCUUCUGAAAGAAUGCGACGGCUCCCUCUGCGUCUGGGAAAGACGGGUCCCCCUCAUCGUCAGGGCGUCCGGCGGGCCGAGCGCUCCGGACCUCGUCCACAGCGAGAGGCUGCUGGAGGUACGGACCGGCUUCGUCGAGGGGAUCUCUGGACCCGCGCUCAAGAGUCUGCUGGACCGACUGUUGGAGAAGAAGGUGAUCACCAACGCAGAGGGGGAGGCGGCGGAGGCCACGCCGAACCACAGAGACAGAGCUCGCUUCGUCAUCGACAUCGUGAGGAAGAAGGGCGAAGACGCCAGUUUGGAGAUGAUCGAGUUCCUCAAGGAGGCCGACCCAUUCCUCUGUGAACACCUGGGGUUGUUUUGAAGCUGUUCAUCUGCUGGACGACAGGACUUCCUGUUUACUGUUCAGUGUUAAUUUUUUGAUUUAGUGUUAGUCUUUUAGACAAAAAUGAAUGUUUUAGUCACCUUAACGUCUUACAAUUGGUGCAAUACAUUAUUUUUUGGGCUGGAUCAUGAACCAGCCAUUCUCAACUGGACCCCCACUUCUUAUUGAAGUAUUGUGACUUCGUCACCACCAACGUUUUCGUCUUGUCUCGUUAACCAAAGUUAGCGUAGAUUUAGUCAUCGUUUUCAUUUUUGAAGAUCCGUUUUCGUCCCGUCUUAGUCAUGGAAAAAAGGUUGUCAACGAAAUUAACACUGUUACCGUUGAUGCUUCUCUCGGUCUAACAUUUGCAGAAGGUUGGAGGUCAAGUCCCUCAACUUUGUAGUAGUUCUGGAGCUUUUUCAAUGUUCUCAUAGUAAAGAUGUACUCUACAAACAGAA